GUUUGAAAAGCUAUGCUAGCUUUAUUUCCAACAAUUACAAUUUCAAUUUCAAGAACACAGAAAAAAGUUUGUACGGGCACAUGUAGCCGGCUUCUUUCAAUGUAGAUCGCUUGAGUAAGUACACGAACACAUCCUAUAGCUAUACGAAAAAAGCUAUUGCUAUUGAAGGCGAAGGGCAAGGGCUUCCAAUUAGAAAAAAAAAGGUGGACGCAGCAUAUACAUAGAAGAACAGAUGAGACAAAUAAAAGGACAAAACUCGACCGUAAGCACUAGGUAGAAGCUAGCAGCAAAGCCAAAGCUAUUGAAAGCUAGAGGCAAGUGAAAAGUUGACCGUCUCAGUUAGAAGUAGAACCACUACAGUGCCAUCGGUCGUUGUUUUCAAGCGUAAAAGUGAUAAAAAUACUGAACGGGGCCAUUACUUUUACCUCUUCCAAUUGUGCCUUUAUUUCUGCAGUCCCUGUACUACCUGGGGGAGGUGUUGCUGCAGCCUGCUUCUAUCGACUUUAAUCUUGCUGUUGCGAUCUUCACAAACUCCACCUUUUGUAACUUCUCGUCGGUUUUACAAGAGCGAUUGAUAUUGACGAAGUCUCUGUGCUUGUUUGAAUUUUAUGUUUAUCCACGAUUUCAGCCACCCGACGAGGGGACCGUUGAAUUUCCGACUCUAAAAUUUUUUACGUCGCAAAAAUAAAAAAUAAUUGCGCACCGCAGUUACUUCGGACGAUACAGCGCGGUGCUUGAUGCAGUCGACUGUGCGUGCAAAAAUGCUACAAUAACUUUUAGCAGUCGAAAUUAUAGAUUCUGGUCCCCGUUCAUCUCGUCGACAAAAUUAAACAAAGAACUUUUUCAAUUGUACCGUUUCUGUUUCACGAUGUAAUGUUUCUCUUUGUACACUACACUUUUGAAAUUAAAAGAAUUGAUUUCGCAAUACACUGUACACCUUUUUGUAAUUCAGUUUCUGUACACCACCAGCAGUCAGUCAGUUACAGUUCAUCUUGAAGCAGUAGACACGACACCGGCAACGAGAUGAAAUUAGGAGCGCAGCUGCAGUGAAAAAUGAUGCGCGACUUUGGAGAAAAAAAACAGAUGAUAUAGCAGGGCGUUUGUGUUUUUCCCAGUGUAUGAUAGGUCGUUUAACACUUUGAUGGUAGCAACCUAUUCUAAAUAAAAUUUUCAACAUUUUGAUAAUGUGUUUGUGUUUCCCUCCCUUUCCGGAACGUAGGGAGGAGGAGGGGUUCGGUUUUUCAUAUGUAUACACUCCCAGUCGACCGCCGCACGAAUGAUCUCGCUCCAGAUGUGUCCAUGCCAGACGCUACUCUUGAGUCCGGCACCGAUAUGCAAGGCGAAAAAACCUGUGUUUAGAGUAACAAGCUACUGUCGUAGUCGUGGAAUGCAAAGCAGAAUCCGUUGUUAUGCGGAAGAAUUUUUGUUUUCAUUUUCUUGCGUAUGAAUGCAGUACGUUGAUAUUUACACUACACGCCGGUUUUUUCUAGGAUUUCCCUCGCGUAUGUUAAGCAGCAGUGCAAUCAUGACGGCGAGGUACUAUAGUUUUGGGAUCUGAUCAUGAUAUGCACAAUUUGGUUUUGGAGAUCUGUCAUGCAAAAAUAACACUAAUGUCAUCAUCAAUGAAACUUCGUGUCGUCAUGCUCACAACACGAGCUCUUGAUUCUCGAGGCACACAAGGUCACCUCCAGCAGUGUCAGAAUUCUGCCAGCGCCCUCAAGCUCCUCUAGUGCCGACGCAAACUCUGUCGGUGUCGUCGCGUCGUCGGAUGUGGAAAUGCCAGAUUCAUCCGUGACGCCCCCUUGCGGAAACGAUUUUUGUGCAGCUCCUGAGGUACUUCUUUCUUGUAUAGAAAUUGCGCGAUUUGCUGGUGAAAGAAAUCAUGCAAUUAUGCUCAAUUGAUUUAUCAUUCCGUCGGCGCGUCACAAUUACUGCCGGCCUUGUCAUGCGUGAACAACUCCAUACAAUCUGCAGGUAAAGCAGCCUCCGGAACCCCUGCUGGGCGACUCUAUGGGCGGCGUCGAUGUGACGGUCACAUUGGAGGUGCAGCCAUCCCUUCCCAUUCCUGAGAGAUUUUUCCUCAUCAUUGGUCUAAAAAUGAUGACGGAGCGCAGCUGCAGUGAAAAAUGAUGCGCGACUUUGGAGAAAGUAAGAGACGGAAGCGCAAGAAGAUGAAAGAGCCGUAAAGCGGCUACGUAAAGUUCUAGUGCCAGAGCUGCAAAGCAUCGUGCCUAGUUGAAGGUGGGAUGCCGAGAUGUUGAGCUAAAAGUACACUGAAAGACACUGCAAAACUGAAGAACGAGCUUGAAUUUAUUUUGUACACCACUUUGUUUUAUCAGAAAAAAUGAAAAAAUCUUCGGGACAUGCUGGCAAUAAGAA